AUGAAGCCUGCAGGGCGAGAGCCGGCCAAGGAGUUUGAGUUCUCCGUGUAUUCAUGGGACAUUGACUUUGAGAUCCCUGCCACGGGCACGAAUGCAGGCAGCGCUGAGCACUUGGGAACGUUGGUGUCUGAGCAGCAGGUUCAGAACAUGCCGAACACCAUAAUGCUCAACGAGAUGAUCGCAUCGGAUCUGGAGCUGAUAAAGGAUACCGACUGGACGCAGAUGGGCCGCAACGUGUUCUUUGCAGACAUCUCUCUCCCCUACGGCCGGACCUUGUGCCUGGGGACGACUCAUCUGGAGUCACUGCAAACUAAUCCGCCACACCGACCAGCGCAGCUCGCACUCGCAGCACGCUAUCUUCGGGACGAGGAUGUGGAUGUUGGGGUUCAGACAGGGGAUAUGAAUGCCAUCCAAGACUUUGACCGGACGUUGCCAGCGGAGAAUGGGCUAAAUAAUGCGCAUUUAGUGACGGGAGAAGUUGAAGGAGCCGUGGAGGGCAUGAUGUGGAGACAGAUGGCUAAGAGCCCGCAGAGAGAGGAAUUUUGGUUGAGUAGGAUGGUCUCUGAGUUCAUCAUUAGUCCGGUUCUGCGACAAGCCCGUCGAUUUUCUUCGGGCUUUGGUUCCGACGACACGAGGACCCGGCAGCAGGGACAGGACUCACAGGAGCAGCAACAAUGCCCGCGGCCCGUAUCGUCGUCGUCAAAUAGAGGCUCUGCUGUUGCUGGCAAUCCAAGUACUAAUGUCAUUCUGGAAGACAGCGAGGAUGGAGGGUGUUCGGAUGUGACAGGCGCGCCAGUAAAUGCUGGUGCCCACGCAUCCUCCCGUGAUCCGCCGCCAACCCGGGUUGCAUCCGUUACCGCCUGGUCCGACUCGGCUCGACUCACUCAAGACGACAUCACAGCUGCUGCAUCGGACACCGACACUACUAGCCCAGACUCAGUCCAGCAACCAAGCACAUCUUCUGCUCCCCCUACCUCCAGCUCUGCAUUGCCGCAGUCUGAAACCACUCCAGCAAGCCAAGUUGCCCGGGAGUCAUGGACUCUGAGCGAAACUGCCCGAAGGGACCCUCUCCCGGAAGACGAUGGCAUGGGUGACCUGCGCCGCAGGAUACAUGCCAUCCAGGCAACUGAUGCGCCACAGGAGGUAAAGGCUCGCAUGCUGCACGAACUGCUGAUGGAGAAGUACAACAAGUCCCAGAAGAAGCUGUCGGGCGCUUCUCUGGCUACCAUGAGGCCCGAAUCUCCAUUGUCACCAGGGAAAAGCAUAUUGGGCACUUCGCCUGCUCCUUCAGAACAAAAAUCAGCAGGGCCACUACAACAGGCCCUCAGAUUUUUGAAUUCCUUUGCGGAGCCGGCUGAGCUCAAUGUCCCUCUAACAGAUGACGAUCUUCGGCCGACCUAUGCUCCGACUCCCCCUCCUGACAGCGCCGAAUGGGACUUGGAUAUCCUCCACGGAGGAGAUGACCUGGACACAGAGCCGCUACGCUAUCUUGGCUGCAAACACUACCGCCGCAAUGUCAAGAUGCAGUGUGCUACCUGCGAGCGCUGGUACACCUGUCGCUUCUGCCAUGACGAAGCCGAAGAUCACGUCCUUCCGCGCCACCAAACGAAGCACAUGCUUUGUAUGUUCUGUGGCUGUGCCCAAAAGGUCUCGGACUCGUGCGUCCGUUGCGGUCGCUCGGCAGCACAAUACUACUGCGGUAUCUGCAAGCUCUGGAACAAUGACCCGAACAAGCCCAUAUACCACUGCUCUGACUGUGGAAUUUGCCGUGUCGGCCGGGGUUUAGGGAAGGACUUCUUCCACUGCAAAAGAUGCAUGGCUUGCAUCUCCAUGUCCGCCACCAACCACAAGUGCAUCGAGCGGUCCAAAGAUUGCGACUGUCCCAUCUGCGGUGAGUAUCUCUUCAACUCGCCUAAACCUGUUGUCUGCAUGGAAUGUGGCCACUCGAUCCACAGGCAUUGCCUGGAGGAGCACAAGAAGACUUCGUACAAGUGCCCGCUGUGCAACAAGACCUGUGUCAAUAUGGAGACCAAGUUCCGCAACUUUGACCUCGCCAUCCUGACCCAGCCCAUGCCUCCCGAAUACCGCGACGCUCGCGCCGUCAUCUCGUGCAACGACUGCUCGGCCAAGAGCCAAACCCCUUACCAUUGGCUCGGCCUCAAGUGCGCUGUUUGCAACUCGUACAACACGACGCAAUUACAGCUGCUCAACAUGCCGGGUUCCUGGAGCGAGCACGAUCGGCAGCGACAGCAGGAAACUUCUUCCUCGCAUCAGCAGCCCGUCGCCCUCGACCCGGAGGUCAUUCUAAGGGAACUACGGAGGCAACAGAGGGCUGCUGCUCGUGAGCGCGAGCAGAGGCAGUCGCAGCAGUCGGAGGCUACCCCACUGUCUACAUCUCCGUCCUCUUCCUACUCUCCGGCUUUCCUCUUGCGGCUGUUGCAGUCGAUGCAGCCCUUUUCUUCCUCGUCCUCAAACGCAGCUGCUGAUCCGCCUUCCCCUCCGGCAUCUACUACGGAAGCGUCAUCGGCUGCAUUGCCAGCUUCAACUACCGCAAAGGCAGUAUCUGCUUCCUCACCAACUCCGUUACCUACGAACGACCCACCAGAGAAUGAGGACGAAGAGGAAGAAGAAGAGGAAGAGGAAGACGAGGAUCCGCUGACUCUAUUCGGCGUAUUUGACCAUCAUGACCGUAGCAGGGAUUGGAGUAGCCCUCUUGCUUCUGGCGGGGAAGAGGCUGAUGAAGAGGAAGAAGAGGAGGAGAGCGAAGAAGAGGAGGAGGAAGAGGAAGGCGAAGACGAAGAGGACGAGAUACUCCUCGUCGGGCAUAGGUAG